ACAGAUGGGUUAUACUGCAGAUACAAUGUCCUCCAUUAUGACAGACUUGGAUCUUUCUCUCGCACAAUUUUCGCUGUUUGGUUCGCUCUCGACGUUUGGAGGAAUGUUCGGUUCAAUAUUCAGCGCCAAAGCUGCAGCUGCCUUCGGUUAUAAAAUGACGUUGUGGCUCGCUGAUUUAUUCUGCAUAGCGGGUUGGCUUGCAAUUGCACUAGCCAAGGAUAUUAUUUGGCUUGACAUGGGACGGUUUUUGGUGGGGAUUGGAGUUGGUCUCGUUAGCUACGUGAUUCCUGUAUAUGUUGCGGAAAUAACACCCAAGCACGUAAGAGGGGCUUUUACAUUUAGCAAUCAGCUGUUGCAAAACUUUGGGAUUGCGAUCGUAUAUUACUUUGGAAAUUUCGUGUCAUGGAGAACUCUAGCCAUGAUCGGCAGUAUUCCAUGUUGGAUACAAGUCAUUGGUUUGUUCUUCACACCUGAGUCUCCCAGAUGGCUGGCGAAAAACGGCCGUGAUAAAAAAGUUGAAGAAGUUCUACAAAAGUUAAGAGGACCAAGAUAUGAUAUUGUGCACGAAGCUCGUGAAAUUAAGAUAUCAGUUGAAGCCUCGAAACAAAGGUCGAAUAUCAGCAUUAUUAGUCUUUUCAAAAAGAGAUAUGCUCACCAACUCACAAUAGGGAUAGGGUUGAUGGUUAUGCAACAGUUAUGUGGAUCGGCGGGAAUAGGUGGUUACGGAACCACUAUAUUAAAUCUUGCCGGAUUUCCUUCUCGGAUUGGGAUGAUGGUGUUGUCUUUUAUCGUCGUACCAAAAUCUUUUAUGGGUCUACUCCUCGUGGAUCGAUGGGGAAGACGUCCACUUCUUAUGGCUUCAGCAUUUGGGUUAUGUUUGAGCUGUAUCACAUUAGCAGUAGCGUUUGGAGUUAAAGAUGACCCACAUCUUGGAAAAAUUACUCCAAUUUUCUGUUUCAUUGGAAUACUGUCAUUUACGAUGAUGUUUGCAAUUGGGAUGGGAGCGUUGCCGUGGAUUAUCAUGUCUGAGAUAUUUCCAAUGGAUAUAAAGGUAUUAGCAGGGAGUUUAGUGACCAUAACCAACUGGUUCACUGGCUGGAUCGCCAACUAUUGUUUCAAUUUUAUGUUCGUUUGGAGCCCAACCGGGACAUUUAUAAUAUCAGCGGCAGUAUGUGGAGCAACAAUUGUAUUCACAUGGUGUUUGGUGCCGGAGACUCGAGGAUUGACAUUAGAAGAAAUCCAACUCUCGUUUGUCAAUUAAUAUAUUAUUCAUUAUUUUUGUUUUGAUUAAUUUUUAACAUUACGUUUCCAUUGUGUAAUUGAAUUCAUAACCAACGUUUACUAUUUCUUAUUUUGUUUGUAACAUA